CCCGCCAAAUUGCCCCUCCCCCACGUUGGGCACAGCGAACCUUAAUCCGUGCUUUUUUGGUGCCUUGCACAAGAGUCGCAAAUCCCGCUAUCUGCCAUGUCUGCAUACAGGUAUGGCCGCCCUGCCCUGCGCGGCAGCGUCGACGUACAGUUGCAGACGGCCUUCAGCGACGGGAACUGGAACACGGUCAUCCGUCUCGCCGCCAAGCGCGCAGCGGCCACGAAGGAUCCCUACUAUGAGGCUGUCAAAAUCUGUGCUGAGUCGCAGCUGGACGGCACCGCCGAAAAGUGUGCCGUCCUGGCCGCCGUCGACGAGCUCGUCAAGAACAAGAAAACACCCGACAUCGACAUCAUCGAGCUGUACGAGUGGGCAUGCCGCGACUUGUUCAACUAUGAUGUCGAGUAUGCCGACACCCUGGGACCCCUGAGGGCCCGCUGGGCCAAGGCCAACCCCAGCAGCCCCCUGGCCCUGCAGUGCCUCCAAGCCUGUUUGGAGAAAUGGGAUCUCGUGAGCGCGCAACAGAUCGCGACCACCUUGGACAAGACCCACGCCAACACGGCGGACCGCCGGUACAUGUUCUGGAACAUCACGCUCACCUUCCUGCUUUCAGUCAGCCCCCAGUGCACUGAUGCGUCUCGCAAGGUGUACAGCCUUCUCGCCGUUCGGCAGCUCGAGCGAGCUGCUGACCUGACCGAGAGCUCCGCGAAACUGGAACCCACUGACAGGGGCUUGUUGACCGAAGAAGAGAUCUGCCUCUAUUACCGUGUGCUGCGCAGCCAUGGAACCAAGGAGGAGUUCAUCUCUCGGCUGCAAAGCCCCAAGUUGGGCGCCAUCAGCCAGCUCAAGGAGGGCCGCAAGCUGCUAUUUUGCGAAGGCUUAGACGCGCUCGAAUCCUGGGGCGAGUGGGACCUAAUCUACAAGCUCUGCCGCGAAGCUUUGGUCCUCGGUCUCGAAGGGGCUACCUCUCCCUUCUUCGUAUGCGACCUGCAGACAUGGAGAAAGUUCGCGACGGCCGCCAGCAAAACGGCCGAUCCAGACGGUUCGCUCGCCGAGGUCCAAAACAUCCUAAAGCGGUACAUCGAGAUCAAAGACAAGGCAAGCGAGAUGUACAAGAAGAAUCUUAGCUUGGCGCUCCUCGAGACUACUUUCCGCCUGCCUGCGACGGCCGUCAACCCGACCCGCGAAAACGAGCGCUUGUCCGCUAGGGUCAUCCAGAUAGGGCUGUUUCUGGAUCAGUACUUCGAGAGGCUGUCCGCAUUCGACGACAUCAAGGGCUACGUGGCCGAACUGAGCUUCGAGGAAGUCAAGGCUCUGAUGGAAAGCGUGGUGCCUCGAAUACUAGACGAGGAUGCCAACAAGACACGCAAGAUCGUGCUCGAGGCCUUGUCAUGCAAACUCCGCUAUCUUCUCUCCACAUGCCCGCAAACACUCACCCCCCAGCCCUCGGUUGUCGAGGGUCAACCGCAGGAUAAGCCGUUCCAGUGCCGGCUCUGCAGCAGCCCGGCCUCUCUUCCGUGCGAGUGCUGCCUCAGGAAACUUAUACUCGACGCAGCAACUGCAUAUGAGCGAAUAACUGGCGAGAAGGAGCUUUUGGCGGCCAUCCCCCGCUUGGAUAAAGAUCCCAGGCUGGAUUUGGCGCUCGUCAUGGGCGCAGCUCUCCUCAAGCUGUCAGGGCUGCGGCCGCGGACAUCGGACGUGACCCGGUCGCUGUGGCAGGAUGUUGACCCAGGCCUGUUUUUGCAAGCCGUGCUCCUUCUCGACGCCCAACUGAAGGAGACGCCGGGCGACACCGAAUUGCGCCUGUUACUUGUUAAGCUGUACCUGCUCCUCGGCUGUGCCUCGUACGCGUACCAGCUCUGGAUCCCGCUCGACGUCAAGAGGACAAUCCAGGAUGCCCUCAGCCCCCUGUUCUUCGACAGAAUAUCUGCACUUGCUCCCGGCCUGUUUCAGGGGAAUCGUGGCUUGAUGGAGCCAUUACGCAGUUUCUACAACCAGAGCCUGCGCGAGAAAUCGCCGGUGCGCAUCUGGGAUGCCUUUUGGGCAGGCAGCUACACCAGCAUUCUGGACAUGACCGAGUUCGACGGCAACCUUCGCAGGAGUUGCACGCUGAUGAUGACGCUGGUAGAAGAGCGGCGGGCGAUCAGGUGCUACGGCGGGAAGAUUGACUGUGAAAUCGAGGAGCACCCGCUUACUGAAAACAUCGAUGACGACACGACCCUGGUCGACAAAACUGACCACGGGCCCUUCCCCAACCUCGAGAGCUUCCACGGCCCCGCGAUGCACGAGUUCCUCAGCCGCGGCCCGGGGCUUUCGGUAGGUUUUCUACAUCCCCGCUCAGUCACACCCAGUUCAAGAUUCCUGACCCGCCGCAGAACGAGCGUUCGCACCUCGCCUUCCUGUCGGAACAGUACCUCGAUCUCCUGUUGUACAAGCCUCCCAAGGACUACAAACCCUCCUCCAAAACAAACGAGGUCGCCCUGCGCGACCGCGACUACGCGCUCGAGACGCUCUCGCGUCUGAGCAACUCGCUGACCGACUUUCUGCACCAACCGUCC